AUGCCACUCCCUCUGCGAUCUGCCCUACUAGGAGCUAAGGAAGGUCUGGUUUCCACAACCUUGCUGAUGAUGGGAAUUGGAGAUUUAAAAAAGGACGAAACAGCCAUGAUCCUCUAUGGGUUCAUUGGACUAGUUGCGGGUGCAUGUAACAUUGGCAUAAGAGAGUUCAUCGCUGUCUACUUGGAUAUAGAGGUGGCCCAGAUGAAUAGCCCGAUGCAGGCGGCGGCAGUGUCAGCUCACGCCUUCUUCAUUAGUGGGAUGGUUCCACUGCUGACGGCAGCAUUUAUAAAGACACACAAGGUGGUAGGGGUGGUGAUAUCAGUGACCUUGGCAUUAAUCCUCUUUGGAGGUCUUAGAGCCAAGUUGGGGAGAAAGCCAAUAGGGAGAUGUUGUUUGAUGGUAAUGGCGGAAGACAAAUAUAAUAUCAGUAUGCGUACAGAGAGAGGAGUUUGUUUUACUUCUGUGGCUACGUUGGAUCGAAUGUCUGUUUUAAGCUACAAGAGACAAUAUGUCGAGAUGAUCGAUCUUGUUAUUUGA